UAACAGAAACCAUCGCCCGGAGGUAAAGACGCGCAGAGAAAGAGAGAGGGCGAGAGAGAGAGGGGGCAGAGCUGGAUCUGCUGCUGUGUGUGAGACAACACACUGAGACAUCUCUGAUCCUGUCUCACUGAACAGUCGCGCUAACUCUGCGACAGCCCUGCGAAAGCCAAUUUCUCUCUGUGCAACUGUUGCGCGCCACUUUGGAUAGAGAUACGUGCGACCACUGCGCCUCACAGAGCGCGAAUGGUCUUCUUUUUCCUUUUUGCUCUGGUUUGAACGAGUGAGAGAGAUCUCUCCUCCUGGACUGCAGCGCGAUGAGGAAAUUCUGAGGUGGCACUACUCCUUUACGCGUGCUUUGGCUGUUGACACCAAAAGGUUUAGCCCAUGAACAGGUAUCCUCUUGAGUGUGAUUCUGUUUUCACCCAGAUCUCUGCUGCCUGGACAAAUGCAUACAAAUGCAUUUAGGAGCUCAACGGACAAGGAGUGGACACGUUUCCGCGGCAGCAACGUGGAACCUUCUCCUGCUCCUGUCAGUAUGCUCAGCAGUGCUCUCUGGAGAAGAAGACUACCUAGCUCAAGGGGUGGACAUCCUCUAUCGAUUGGGGCUUACAGCUCGAAACUCAGACAGUCCCCACGAGAGGACAAGUUCACUGUCAACUACUCACACCAUUGUUCCCUCAUAUUUAAAUCCUCCUGUAUCUGGUUAUGGGAUAAUACUCGACUCAAACUCCCUCUAUGAGGUUCCAGCAGGAAGUCUGUUCCCGCCAGAGAUUGGUGAGGAGUUUUCUGUUGUCGUUAGUUUAAGCUCCUGGCGAGCAAACAAUGCAUUUAUUUUUAGUGUUAAAGAUAACAGGGACAGGCUGCGUUUUGGGAUACAGCUACUGCCCCGCAGAGUGGUGGUUUACACUGCAGAGAAAGCCUCCAUCUACUUUAACUACAACUGGCAGGAUGGGCGCCAGCAUCCCUUUGCUAUCGGCGUCCGUGCACGCUCUGUGUCCUUCUAUGCGGAUUGUGGGGCAGUGCAGCAGCAGGAGCACACCCUUGGGAAAUCUCAGACACUUGGGGAUUCUGGGGGCCUUUUUACUCUUGGUAGGAUGAACUCCAAAGCAGCAGCAUUCAACGGUCAAGUCUGCCAACUAGAUAUUUAUCCCUCAGCCUUUGCUGCGGCACACUACUGCAGCUACCUUAAAAAACAGUGCAGACUGGCUGACACUUACCGAUCGCCUUUGCCACAUCCUGGUUUGGAUCUUGUGGCAAAUGACCCCCCUUCUAAUCCCUUGACAACGUCCCUUGUUGGAGUAGCAGCUACCCAUCAAGCAAAAAUCACGGCAGCUGUCAACCUGUCUCCAGAUAGUUUGGUUACACAUUUCAAUUCAGCUUUUGGGCCAUCAGAACAACCUAAUCUGGAGGACCAGAGCCACAUCGAUGCAUUGGAUCCCCUUACCAGCGCCACCAUAUCCUCACUUCAGCCUGAAAGCUCCACCAUGCCUACCCUGAGUGUACAAACAGCUUUGGAUCUUGCAACUACAACUAUCUCAAGUAGCAGAAAUGUUUUCGUAGAAGACAGUAGGCCACAGGAGGACAUUGAAAACAAUACAGAGGAUGAGAGCGUGCAGACUCCAGAUGCCACACCAGGUCCGAUUUCUCCAGUGAGGCAAAGUCGAGUGAAGGAAGGACUCAGGAAUAACUCCAUCGUUAACUCCAGGGACUCACAGUUUGAGUACCAGCAGACUCAUUUGAGAGUCAACGGUACGACUUUGUACAGGGACAAUCAGGUGGACAACUCGGAAGAGCACGACCUGGACGGCAACUACGGCGACGUAGACACGGGAGGUUAUGAUUAUGGAUACGAGGGUUCAGACUUCUACUACGACUAUGAGGAUGGUUUCCGCGGCCCUAAAGGAGAACCAGGUCCUCCGGGUCCUCCUGGUCCUCCUGGUUUACCUGGUCCUCCAGGAAAAAGAGGUUCUCGGGGUACCAGCGGUCCACAUGGUAAUCCAGGACAGGCAGGACUUCCUGGGCCUAAGGGCUCAAAAGGAGACCCUGGACUUUCUCCAGGUCAGGCUGCACCAGGAGAAAAGGGAGACAGAGGUCCACCAGGUUUGCCAGGGCCACAGGGAUUUCUAGGUCUACCGGGUCCUAAAGGUUAUCCAGGGCCAAUUGGUUUGCCAGGAGAACAAGGCAUACCAGGAACUCCCGGGGAAGCUGGGGCUGCAGGUUACCCUGGCAGGCAGGGCCCAGCUGGGCCAGAAGGUAACCCAGGACCAAAAGGUGUCCGUGGUUUCAUUGGGCCUCCCGGUGAUGUCGGGCCACUUGGACCGGAAGGGAUGAAAGGCAUACCUGGUCCUGUUGGAAAACCUGGCCCUAAAGGAAGACACGGUGUGGUGGGUGAUGUAGGAGAGAGGGGGCCUCCUGGUCCUGAUGGCAAAGAGGGGCCUGUUGGUGGGACUGGCAUUGGCGGCUUUCCCGGUCUAAGGGGGGACCUGGGGCCUGAGGGACUGCGAGGGCUGCCUGGUCUGGUGGGACCUCAGGGCCCUGCAGGACGAGCCGGCCUGCCUGGAUUGAAAGGUGAUAAGGGUGAAGUGGGACCAAGGGGCGAACCAGGGGAGAUGGGGUACCAAGGUGAUAAGGGUGUUGCUGGUUUACCUGGUCCAGCUGGGCCAAAAGGGAAACCGGGACCACCGGGUAAAAUGGGUGAGGUGGGAGCACAGGGACCACCUGGGCCUCCAGGACCAGAGGGGUUUCCUGGCGACAUUGGAGUACCGGGCCUGAAUGGUCCACCUGGACCAAAGGGUUUGCAGGGAGCCAGGGGGCCUCCAGGUCCGCCAGGGCCAAAAGGAUUAGAGGGCGAUGAAGGACCACUCGGCCCACCUGGCAGCUCAGGCCCCACUGGGCGACCUGGAAGGAAAGGCUACAUUGGUGAACCUGGUCCUGACGGUUUAGAGGGAGAGAAAGGAGACAUGGGAAAUGUUGGGAAAAUUGGACCACAAGGUCCAGUAGGCCUGAUUGGAAUAGAUGGUGUAAUAGGAGUUCCCGGUGAAAAGGGCGACCGUGGACCAGCUGGUCCAACAGGCCCAGUUGGGGAGAGGGGGUCGAGGGGCUAUCCAGGAUUGCCAGGGAGUCCGGGAGACAUCGGAAUGCAAGGUGCACUUGGUCCACAGGGGCAGAGGGGUACUCCAGGCACUGCCGGGCCAAAGGGCAGGAGGGGGCCCAUGGGUCCAGAUGGCCCACUCGGAGAACCAGGCCCAGAGGGCAGCAAGGGUGAAAGAGGUGACAUUGGACUAAAAGGAGAACCAGCAUUUAUUGGAAAGUCAGGCAGCCCAGGAGAAAGAGGCCCACCUGGGAAGCCUGGAAAGCCAGGUAUUCCAGGCGGUGGCGGGGAGAGGGGGCCGCAGGGUGAACCAGGACCUAAAGGACCUCCUGGGGAAGCCGGACCAGAUGGAGAGCAAGGACAUGAGGGUGUACCUGGUACAGAGGGGGAACCGGGUCCCAUUGGAGAGCCAGGUUUAAAGGGUGACGCUGGGCCUCCAGGAUCUGAAGGGGAGCAGGGGCAGGAGGGGAUACGAGGUCAACCUGGUCCCCCUGGUGAAGAUGGCUCUCAAGGGAAAGACGGAUUCAAGGGUGAGCCUGGUGACCAUGGGCCAGUCGGAGAGCCAGGUGAUAAAGGGACAGAAGGAGACCCUGGACCCCCAGGACCACCUGGAGAGCAUGGGAAACAAGGCUUUCGUGGGCCAGAAGGAAAACUGGGGCCACCAGGGAACAGAGGACGGCAUGGAAAGAAGGGAGAGAAAGGUCCUACAGGUCUUGCUGGUGAGAUUGGCGCGCGGGGAGACGCCGGCCAGCCAGGAGAGCCGGGGCUGAAAGGUGCCAGGGGAACUCGUGGUCCAUCGGGUCAACCUGGAGUCAUGGGGAUAGAGGGACAAGUUGGGCUGCCAGGAUACACAGGUUCCCCUGGCAAACCUGGGCCCAUAGGAACACCAGGGCCUAAAGGUGAAAAGGGUUACCCAGGCGAGGACAAUAAGAUCCCAGGACUGCCAGGGCCCUUAGGUGAACCAGGGCCCAUAGGAGAACGAGGAGAGCGCGGAGAGCCAGGCGAUGAAGGGUAUCAGGGCCAUAUUGGCACCACUGGCCCACGUGGGGCUGUUGGACCACAAGGGCCACCGGGAUCACCAGGCCAUCCUGGAGAACCAGGCCCAAAAGGAGAGAUGGGAGCUGUGGGGUCAGCAGGACAAAAAGGAGCAAGGGGGCUGAGUGGAGCUCCUGGCAUUGAAGGGCCAAGUGGUUUACCUGGACUCGUGGGAAUGAUUGGAUACCCAGGAUCAGAUGGUCCCCCUGGACUGACUGGUUUAACAGGACCACCUGGGAAAAUAGGACGUCAGGGCCAAAGAGGUUUAGUGGGACUUGAGGGACUUGCUGGACUUCCAGGUCGUAGGGGAGAGGCCGGACUUCCUGGACAAAUUGGAGAAAUAGGACCACCUGGACAGAAGGGGGAGCCUGGUCUGUCAGGAGACAGAGGUACCCCAGGAUUCAAAGGCAUGGAGGGAACUUCUGGUGACCAGGGCAAGAAAGGCGAUCCAGGACCCAAAGGACAACCGGGAGAAUAUGGAAAUGUGGGCAUGGUGGGUUUGCAAGGCUUUCCAGGUCCAAAGGGACCAAAUGGUGAUUUUGGAUUUAGAGGCUUCCCUGGCCCCAAAGGACCGAUGGGUACUGCGGGAUUAUCUGGACCUGUAGGCCCUGAAGGAAUGAUGGGUCCACUGGGCAAACCUGGACCAAGGGGUCCAAAAGGGGGUAACGGUGAAAUGGGGCCCCAAGGACCACAAGGAGGUUCAGGACCCAGAGGACCCCCUGGUGCUCCAGGUCCAACGAGGCAGAUAUAUGAUUACUCAGAAGUCUACAGUCUGUCAGACUCAAACACUGCCCUCAGGACAGAGAGUUUCCAGAACACAGAGAUGAGCCUGCCGGAUCAGAAUACAGAGAUACUGAAGACUCUGCGUUACCUGAGCAGUGUGGUUGAGAGCAUCAAAGAACCUCUAGGCACGAGAGAAAACCCAGCUCGUAUCUGCAAAGAUCUGCUCGACUGUCAGCACACACUUAAAGAUGGUUGGUUCUGGAUCGAUCCCAAUCUGGGCUGCAUAUCUGAUGCCUUCAAGGUCUUCUGCAACUUCACUGCAGGGGGGAAGACAUGUUUACAUCCACUGGCCUCUAAUAAGAUGGUGUUCGGUGUCGGGCAAGUCCAAAUGAAGUUUCUUCAUUUAUUAAGCACUGAGGCCAGCCACAGCAUCACACUCCACUGCCUGAACGAUCCAUCCGACAAUCCAUCGGACAGCCUCACCUCCACUGGAAACGCUCAUACGCACAACACCACAUUUCGGUUUCGGGGCUGGAACAAACAGAUGUUUGUGAAAGACACACUACUUGAACCACAUGUGCUGCAAGACGAGUGCAAGAUCCAAGACGGGAGUUGGCACCAGUCACGUUUCCUCUUCCAUACUCAGGACAGUCGUCAGCUACCUAUCGUUGACAUACAGGAAUUUCCCACACCACAGCCCACCAGUCAGCAACAUAUAGAAGUUGGUCCAGUCUGCUUCCUCUGACACCGACACCACUAUCCUGUAACCGACUUACAUAAACGACUUAAAUGCAAGGCUGUUCAAAAUGGCUGCCUACCAAAGAGAAACUUGAACACCAAGCCUGAACGAGUGUCCAUGGGAGUUAGUCGUGUGCCAUGGAGAGUGUUUUGUUGAAAGGACUUUGCCCAAGGUCCGUUUGAAGGCAGGCCUGUAGGAACUUGAUCUCUGCAGGACAUCCGGGAAAAAGAAAGCCAAAGGAGAACAGUGUAUACCAGUAUUUAUCAAAUAAAUGUGUAAACUGUGUUUGUUUGUUUAAUUUUCCAGUCGAAUGGUGCUUAGGUUGGCUGUAUAUGGACCCAUGUUAAUCCCUGAUCAUAGGGUUGGGCCUCACUAAACCGCAGCCUAUACCCAAACUGUCAAGCUCACAUAUCCCUCUCACCCCAGAACACAAUCAGACCAUCCUACGCUGGGGCCAAACCCGAAGGAGCGUGCCAGGCCUCUACAUAGGAGCACUGUCUAGACAAAGGUGUAUAUGAGUGCAAUAGCAUGUGGAUAAUCUCUGCUUUAAAUGUUUCAUUUUCCCAGCAUACACCUAUAUUUAACGUUGUUUUCACCUGCAGUUCUGUUCAUCUUUACAGAUGGCGCUCUACCUCUCCCUGCUCAUUGCUUUCUAGAAUAGUUGCUCAUGUCAAAUUAGUCGUUUUGCCAUUUGUGUUGUAUGUACCGGUUACAUCAAGAUUUGUAAUGUUGUAUAAGUACUUAUGUUGAUUUGGUCAUUUCUAAUUUAUGAACCAUUAUUUUUAAAUAGAUACACGACAUAUAUUUGUAGCUUUUCCUUCUUUGUUGUAGGUUCUUCAGGGGGAACCUGUCAUUGGUGCUGCAACAAACAAGAGUCAUCUGUUUUUACAUUUCUUGUGUAUAUAUUGACAGCAUACUGUUUGUUUAUUUAUGUCCUUUUUUGCUCACAUCACUGUAUCACAGUAACUUAUACUCAGAGAACUAUUUGGUCAACCACAACUCAGUCUGAAGAAGUAUUUAUAUUCUAAAGGUGUGUUUGUGUGUUAACACCUGUGACUUUAUGUUUAUCAAACUAUGUGAGCUGGCAGCUACAGUAGGCCAGAGUCAGAAAACAAAAUAAUACAGUCAUUUCAUAUUAAGUUAUAUUACCUUGAACAGAGUGUAAUUAUAUAAAGUCUGUGGCAGAUAAUGUUGGAUGCUUAUGUGUAAAUAAUAAAUAAGUUGUCAAUUACA